AUGGCGGGAGAGACCACCGUCGACCCAGUGCUACUUGACCCUUGCCUCCAACCUCUCUCUCCAUCUCCGACAAAUGUUUACGGCAAUGGAACGGCUAAUGCAUCGCUCUCAUCGCUCUAUUCGUUCUCGGGAUUUCCAUUCGGCCCCAAACUCCAACCUCUUUCCCCAAUAAACCGAGUUGGGGAAGCAGACGGGAAUCGGUCCCCUUCAAGGCCGGAACAUCAGCAUGAUCGGAGCCCAUCGGAUCCGGUUACCAACCCUUCAACUAACCCUUACAGCAUUGCCAGUCUAACCACGCCGUCAGAUAUACUUUCCCCAGAGGAUAUAUCUGAUGAAGCAAAGAAAACAAGAGCAAAGAAAACAAGCGCAAAGAAAACAAGCGCAAAGAAAACAAGCGCAAAGAAAACAAGCGCAAAGAAAACAAGCGCAAAGUCAAAGAAUGAAACGCCAGCACCGACUAAGUCAACAAUGCAAUUGCCAUCUACCGAAAAGGCGUUUAAACCCUCCCCAAAAACACGACGACAGUCGAGACGAGAAACAAGUAAGGCCCGCAGCCGGUCAAUUGCGGAGCCGCAAGAAAAGAAAACAAGGAAUCUUCGCCAAAGAUCGCUCGAAAGAAACCGUGUGGCCGCCUCAAGAUGUCGAAAACGCAAGAAGCAGUGGGUUGACAACCUAGAACAAAAAAAAUCUGGGCUAGAAUCUAUCCACCAUGAGCUUCAGACGGAGUACAUGAGGCUUCUCAACGAGUUGUCUCUGCUGAAGGGCCACGUUAUAAACCAUGCCCGCUGCCGGGACGCAAAUAUUAAUGUUUGGAUAAACAACGAGGCUUCGAAAUACGCUCGCACUCUACAAUCCGCAAACCGCAUGAAUAGCAUUCACUCUAUACAAAGUGUGGACGGUAAGUCAGUAGACCGCAGGCUGUAA